CUGUCCAGGCUAUACUCUCCUGUCUCUAUAUCUCUCCCUCCAUAAGCUCAAUCUGUCCAUUCUACCAGGGCUCCAUCAGGAUGGUGUCGGUUGGGCUACAGACGCUGGGCACGGCCCUGGCGAUCGUCGGCUGGCUGGGAAGCAUCAUCAUCUGUGCUCUGCCCAUGUGGAAGGUGACAGCCUUCAUCGGAGCCAACAUCAUCACCGCUCAGGUCAUCUUGGAAGGGUUAUGGAUGAACUUUGUGACCCAGAGCACGGGACAGAUGGAGUGUAAGGUCUACGACUCCCUCCUGGCCUUGCCCCAGGACCUGAAGGCCGCCAGGGCUCUGAUCAUAAUCGCCAUAAUCGCUGGCGUGUUCGCCAUCCUGCUGGGCAUCGCCGGCGGGAAGUGCACCAACUUCGUGGAUAACGAGAGGUCCAAGGCCAAGGUAGCCAUCGCUAGCGGAAUCGUCUUCCUCAUUGCUGCCCUUCUGGUCCUGGUCCCUGUCUGCUGGUCGGCCAACACCAUCAUCCGAGACUUCUACAACCCCCUUUUGGUCGAGGCCCAGAGGAGGGAGCUGGGAGCCUCACUCUACAUCGGCUGGGGCUCCGCAGGGCUGAUGAUCCUGGGCGGGGCGCUCCUCUGCUGCUCCUGCCCCCCCAGCGAUGAGAACCACGAUGUCAAGUACUUCAAGGCUGCUAGCUCCGUGGCUGGCAGCAGCAAGGCCUACGUCUAGAGGGUUAGACACACCACAGACCAGACCACCCCAGACCAGCACCAGGGGAUGAGGGGAUGGACAGCCUGCCUGGUGAGAGGACUGAAGGGAGGUGGUGUUGAAAUUCUCCAGGUUGUUCACUGUGCUGUUUUAAUGUUUUACUGAAGCUUUUGCCACAUUCUUUGCACUAAUGAAGUUUCUCUCUUGUGUGAAUUUGCUGAUGGAGUUUUUUUGCUUUUACUGUCAUGAUCGACUAUGGUCCCAAAGUUAAAUAUAAGGGUCAAUGUAUGAGUGUGUUGGCUAAAGUAUGUACUUUUCUAGUUACUGUAAAAUUUGAUGUCAGUUACUGUGCAAAUCAUUUAGUCAAAUGUAGCAGAAUCCUUCUCUUGGACAACAGAGAAAAAGUCUACAAUCAAGUAUCGUAAAAACAGAAUUCCACUCAAUCUUGAACACACUGUUAUCAUUAUUAAAGCAUGUUUUUGGAC